AUGCCCCAGUACCUGCCACCUAAACACGAUUGUGCCUACACCCACUUCACUUCCAACCUCACGACUUCGAUCAUGGGGCCACUUGACCCGGCACUGGUUAUUGGGGGCUGCGGAGGCCUUGGUUUCCAUAUCGUCACUCAACUGCUCCACUCUGGUGAUGCUUCAGACGUCACAGUGCUCGAUGUUGAGGUCGGACGUAAUCGCGUGGAGGGGGCGCGCUACGUGAAAGGUAGUGUCAGUUCCCACGAAGACGUUUCCACGGCCCUAGCAAAUGUCCAACCGCGCGUCAUCUUCCAUGUCGCCUCGCCCCAUCUGAUGCUUCAGAGCGCUACACCCAAACUCUUCGAGGAAGUCAAUGUCUCCGGCACACGCAAUCUACUCGACUGUAUCAACGAGCAGGGUGGUGUAAAGAUGUUGAUCUACACAUCUAGUACCGGUAUCAUCCAUAACGGUUACACCGACAUCAUCAAUGCUACUGAGGCUGUCCCCAUCUUUCCGGACCAUCCCGAAUUUUAUGCUCGUGAGUAG